AUGGCACAACAGACCGACUCGCAGCUUCUCGAGCUGUUCCAAUUCCUCGCGGACGCCCAGGCGCCAGUACGCCGCAUUGCCCUUGCGACCCUCCUCCCAUACACCGCUCCCGAUGCGCCCGAACGCAAACUGUUCCUCCGCGACAGCCAUGUCGAGCAGAUCGCGACCAUGUGCGCUGACAACGAGCUCAUCGCACACGAUGCCAUCUCCGCCCUGAUCAACCUCUCCAGCAUGCUCGAGGUCGUCCAGCGACUGCAUAAGCUGCCGGGCUUCGUUACGGGUCUCGUCAGGCUCAUCGUUGACGAGAAAGCCCUCCUCUCCGAUCUCGCCUGCAUGCUCCUCUCCAACAUGUCAAAGCUCGACUCGGUCUCGCGCCAGAUCCUCGGCCUGCGAGUACCCGUCGGUUCAAAGGCUUCGACGGGCGAAGGCGAGGCGGCGGGAGGAACGGAAGGCGAGGAUGAGAUUGCGGCGCUUGACUUGCUGCUUGAGGUUUUCUUGCGCGGAGAGGGCAAGAAGUACAACCCGAACGCCAACUACGACUUUCUCGCCUCUGUCUUUGCCAACGUCUCCCUUCUUCCCCAAGGCCGUGCUUUCCUCCUCGCCACGCCCGACCGAUCAGUCGAGCCACCCCUCGCCAAAAUCAUCUCCUUCACCGAGCACCCCUCAACAAUCCGACGGGGCGGCGUCGCGUCGACCAUCAAGAACGCCGCGUUCGAGAAGGCUGGACACACCCGGCUUGUUGCGCCUUCGAACGACGGGCCGGCUGAGGAAGGCUGCAUCGACUUGCUCGUUCAGUUGCUUUUGCCUCUCUGCGGAAACGAAGAGUUCGACAUCGACGUCCUCGACGAGCUCCCCGCUGAACUUCAGCUGCUCCCCUCCGACAAGACUCGCGAAUCCGACCCCCAAAUCCGCACAAUCCUCGUCGAGACCCUCGUCCUGCUCGCCACGAACCGAUCAAACCGGGAAGCGAUGCGCAAGCGGGGCGUCUACCCCGUGAUUAAGGAGGCGCACUCGAAGGAGGCGGUGCCGGCUGUGAAGGAAGCGAUGGUUCGACUGGUGAAUUUGUUGAUGCGGGAUGAAGGACCGGAGACGGCGUUGGAAGAGGUUGAUGCGCAGACGGAUCCGGCGGAUUUGCCCCCUGCGCCGUCGUUUGAGAACAACUCGAACUUUGUGCAACAUCAGGAGGCGCCGGCGGAGGAGGCGAAGGGGGAGGAGGAGGUAAAGGAGGUCGUUGAGCAGCGGGAGGCGCAGGAGGAGAAGGAGGACGAGCGGCCACAGCAUCACAACGUGCCGUUGAGUCGGAUGCAGCCGGAGGAGGACGAGGAGGAGAUGCUGCUCGAGGUCUGA